UAUUCGUUCCCAAUACUCGCAGACCAUGAGUUGUUACCCUGCAUGAAAGAGAUGGACCUGCAGCUGUCAGCAGCCACACUGGCAAAGCCAACGCCGGAAGUUGUCAGGCCCAUAUAUGAAAGCGUGAUCACCACGCUCAUGGGCAUCACAAGGGAAGAGCAGCAGCAGCCAGUGUUCAUGGCGAUAGAUGCACUGGAAUUUCCAGAGCUUCAUGACGAGUCCAUCCCCUAUAUGACCUUCGUCCGCAACUGCGCCAAGCUGCUCUCCUCUGCCGGUGUGCGCGACUUUAACAUGCAGGAUCUGUGCAAGCCGGAUUCGGGGCGGCUGCGGCGGAACCUGAGCGCGAUCAUAAAUUUUGCCAAGUUCCGGGAAGAGAAG